AAUCAUCGAAUUGAAUGUCCUCAAUGUACGGAUCCUUACAACCCGGAGUCAUGUACGGAAAUACUGAACUGUUUAGGUGUAACCUGUGAGCUGCACGUGCACAGACACGAAAACAACAGAAUCGAGUACACGUGCGCACAUGGCCAUUCUUGCGCCAGUCACGAAGCUCAUGGUUGUGACGUUAACCAAGCCACUUGUUCUUACUGUUGCCAAAGCUACACUGAAUGUUUGCAGGAGCUACAAAAUGUGUUUGCAGGUAACUGUAGUAAUCAUUACCAUCAUCAUUAG